AUGGAGCCGAACGAUCCGUCGGCAAGAUUGACCGUCGAGGAUUUGUCCGACUGCAGGAGCGAGAGCAGUCACUCGGAGAGCCAAUUGAGAGCCUUCCAGGACUACGAACGCAUCAAGGAAUUGAAUUUAUCUGUGGACAAGUCAAAGGAAGAUCCUGCGAUUGAACCUAAAGACUUUCAUCUAGGGUUAGAACCUGGUAGAACCUCUAUUCGUUCGUCCUUCGACGAAUUUGAAAAUAGUAGCAGGAACCUUCCACUAUCACUGAACAAAGGCAAGGAUUUUGGUUACAUUGCCGGUAGUUUAAACGAGAUGGCCUAUCCCUUGGACAGAUCUAGUGAAAAUGACGAGUCUCUGGAAACGACUAACCAGUGCAGGACCAAGAAUCCGACGGCCAAGGAUUUGCUCUUCAAUCUUCGCGAGAACAGGCACAAAAAUGCUCACGCCACGUUGUCUCUCGAUAGGUACGGCAAGGAUUUGAAUUUUGCUGUGUCAGAAAAGGAUAUCAAGGACUUUGGAUUGCUGAAGAAUUACAGUCUGGAUCGGAUGAAGGAGUUCAAUCUGUCGUUGGAUAGGAUGAGGGAUAGCCACAUUGGGAAUUUUGCUCUGGAGAGACUUAGAGGAGGAGCUGGAUUGCUGGAAAAUCCACCGAUAUUAGAGCAUAAUGAGUUGAAAAGUAUGCAGAUGCAACCGAGGAACCAGGAUUUGGAAGCUAUUGCGUUGGAACGUAUGAGAAGAUCUCACUUGUUGGGAGCCGAUCUCUCGGCACAAAAUUUGUCCACGCAGAUACCACAUCCGCAUUCUAUCACACAGAUGCAGCACUCGCAGCAGCAACAGCAACAACAGGCUAAGUCGUUUACCAUCGACGCGAUUCUUGGCUUGAGGAAUAAUCCCCGGGAGAAACGGAGUCAGCAGCAACAGUACAGAAAGCAUCAAGGUCAGGAAGGCGGGACGAAGAACGGUGGUUCAAGCUCGUGCUCCGGCGGCGGCGGCAAGCUGAAGAGGGUGCGUACGAUCUUCACUGCAGAACAGCUGGAACGGUUGGAGGGAGAAUUCGCGCGACAACAGUACAUGGUCGGGCCGGAGAGGUUGUACCUGGCGCACGCACUCAGACUGACCGAAGCCCAGGUGAAGGUGUGGUUCCAAAACCGACGCAUCAAGUGGAGGAAACAUCAUCACGAGCAACAGAGCCAAAGGGUGCACGAGUUCCAGCGGUCGCUGAACUCUUCGCUGGAACACGAGGACAGUAACGAGACCGACAAAUGGUGAAAAGAGA